AUGCGGUCUGCGCCCGUACUUGCGCAGCACUCCGCGCCAGUCGCCGGUAUCCUCGUGGCCCAUGCAGACCACAGUCGCCGUCUUCGCGGACUCGCGGCCGAAGAUGCCGAGUCGUCCCGCGCGAUGGACCAGCUGAAGUCAAGCCGCAUGAUGGCACGCAGUCGAGGUCGAGGGCCUCGGGCGGCAGGUGCGUCCCUCGCGCGCGCGUCCUCGUCUGACUCGCUGAGCGCCGGGAUCGGCGUCCUGACCUCGUUCGUGUUCGCCCUUGUGAUCCUGCAGAUCCUCGUACACGACCCCGCAAGGUGCCCGUAUCGGAGAUGUGCGACAAGGUCGACAAAGUGA